AUCACCACUUGAUUCGAGUUCCCCUUUCUUGGGUUUUGGUCUUUGUUUCAAAAGUCUUUGAAAGUUUGGAUUUUUAUCAUCAAGAUCGUUGCUUUCUUUGCUCUGUUUGUGAAUUGGGUCUUGCCCAGCAAUUGAAAAGGUGUUGUCUUUAUUGCUAUGGAGGAGCUAGGGUUCUACAGUGUAUGAAUUUGGGUUCUUGAGCUUUGUUGGGGAUGGUGAGAUUGGGUCUUGCUGAGACAUUGAAGUUGUUGUCUUUGUUAUGGAUGAUGAAUUAGGGAUUUAGAUUCUGAGUUGUUGUUGUUGUUGUUGUUGUUGAUUCUUCUUUAUCAUGGGUUGUAUAAUCUCUAAGAAGAAGUCUCCAAAGAGGAAUCCACCAUGGAAAGAACCAUUAGAGAAGCGUUCUUCGAGGAUCAAUUCGUCGAGGAUUGAUGAUUCUAGCCAGACUAAGGAGGAGCAAGAUCGUUUGAAUAAAGUUAGGUUGAUUGAAUCUGAGAAGUUCAGUUCAAGUAGGUUUUCUGAGAAUCAACAUCCAGAGAUUUCUGAGAUUGGUGAUACUGAUGAAGAUGAAGAUGAAGAUCAUCCUCCUGAGGAAUUGAAGAGAGAGCCUAGUGUUGUGAUUCGUCCCGGUGUUGAAACCAUUUCAAAGGAGGCUGAAUUAGCUGCAGGAUGGCCAGCUUGGUUAGUCUCAGUGGCUGGUGAGGCACUUGUGAAUUGGACUCCACGACGUGCUAGUACCUUUGAGAAAUUGGAGAAAAUUGGACAAGGUACAUAUAGCAGUGUAUACAAGGCUCGUGAUCUUCUUAAUAACAAGAUUGUUGCACUUAAAAGAGUUCGGUUUGAUCUUAGCGAUUUAGAGAGUGUUAAGUUUAUGGCGAGAGAGAUCAUUGUAAUGCGAAGGCUUGAUCAUCCUAAUGUACUUAAGUUAGAAGGCUUGAUCACUGCCUCUGUUUCAUCUUCUCUUUACUUAGUUUUCGAGUAUAUGGAUCAUGAUCUCGUCGGACUUGCUUCCAUACCCGGAAUCAAGUUUUCAGAGCCUCAGGUUAAAUGUUAUAUGCAACAACUUUUAAGCGGACUUCAUCAUUGUCACAGUCGUGGCGUUCUGCAUCGAGAUAUCAAGGGCUCAAAUCUAUUGAUUGAUAGUAAUGGAGUCUUGAAGAUUGCAGAUUUCGGGUUAGCAACGUUUUUUGACCCACAGAAGUGCGUUCCAUUGACUAGCCGUGUUGUGACUCUUUGGUAUCGACCCCCAGAGCUCCUGCUUGGAGCUUGUCAUUAUGGUGUUGGGGUUGAUUUGUGGAGCACAGGCUGUAUCUUAGGUGAAUUAUAUUCCGGGAAACCGAUCCUGGCAGGGAAAACUGAGGUAGAGCAACUACAUAAAAUCUUCAAGCUAUGUGGUUCGCCUACAGAAGAUUAUUGGAGGAAACUGAAGCUACCACCUUCAGCUGCGUUUAGACCUGCGCUUCCAUAUGGAAGACGUGUAGCAGAGAUGUUUAAGGACUUGCCAAUGAAUGUUCUUUCGCUUUUGGAGGCUUUACUAUCCAUAGAUCCCGAUAAGAGAGGCUCUGCAGCUAGAGCUCUUGAGAGUGAGUAUUUUAGAACAGAGCCAUUUGCUUGUGAUCCAUCUUCUCUACCAAAAUAUCCACCCAGCAAAGAGAUUGAUGCUAAACUACGCGAUGAUGCGAAAAGGCAAAGAUGCACCCAGGAGAAGCAUGAAAGACAAGACUCUCAGACUAGACGAUCACAUGAAAGAAAACUUAUCCCGCCGGUAAAAGCUAAUAAUCCAUCAUUUUCAGCUGCUGUGGAGAAUCCAUAUCUAAGAAGCUGCGUUCCGGGUAAUUCGCAAAGACAAAUGCAGAUUACACAGGAUAUGACCUGCAACAACCAAAUGAGUGGAAGAGUCUCUCACUCGGGUCCAAUGAUGAAAAACCGGAAUCACAGUCGGUUAACAUACAUGAAGGACAAUGCAGCCCCUAGAAUACCUUCAUACAGAGCUAACUCAACAGGACAAGGCGGUUAUGUUGGCUCAGAUAAACAAAAGAUGGAUCAGCAAAUGAGAGCUUUCAACAGAGCUGACACCAUGGAUACUAGUAACAGGCAAAUCAAAAUCCCAAAUGAUCCAUCUUGGUAUGAUUCUUCUGGGGAUAACAAGAUGUACAUGUCCGGUCCAUUACUAGCUCAACCAAGUAAAGUGGAUCAGAUGCUGGAAGAACACGACCGGCAACUCCAGGAAUUCACCAGACAGAAAGCAAAACAAUCGAGAAACUAAAAUCAUCUGUCUUACUGGGAAUCUUUUAUCAGAGGACAAAAACAGAGGACCAGUUGAUUCUUCUUGUUCAUGUAUCAACAAGAACAGUCUUUUUUCUGGUUCGUAGAUUUUGAAACGAAAAUUGUUUGUAAUAUAGAGAUUAAAAAGAUUUGUUUGGCUUAUAAAAAGCUCAGCUCUGUGAUUAUAGAUUAUUGUGUAUAACAUUUAUAUACAGACUCAUCAAUGAGUUUGGUCUUUGUGUAUAUACAUGUAUGUAUGUACACAUUCUUCAUAUAUUUACAGAGAUGUGUACAUUACAUUCAUAUA